AAUGUUUUAAGCAGCUCUGAUAACGUUGGUACCAUGUAUUGCGGUGCAACUUCGCACAAUACGAUAUCACUGUGAUCGACUGUUGCUUGGGUUAUUGAUUUAUGCGUACAUAUACAUUUGUAUACGGUUAAUAAAAGCAGGAGUUGUAUGAUACGCAUCAAUGUGUAACUAUAAUUAGAGGACAAGUACGGUGCAGCAGAUCGAAUUGAGGUGUAUUUAUGAUGCUAAUAGCAUAUAAUAGCGAAUCGAGAGUUCUCUACACCCUUUUUUACGGCGAUAGCCGUUCGUAACAAAUAAAACAACCUUUCAGCGAAGUUCGCCGUGGAGAAUGCCGCCAGAUAAGAAAAAACAAUCGAGUGGAAAACCUUGAACCCAAAAACGAGUGCUGAAAAUAAACUCGGCAUCGUGAAUCGUUUCUGCAAUCCGCACGUGCGUAAACGGUCUCCGGCAAAUGCUAAUGAGAAAAAUGCUGUUAAAUAAUUAGCGCUAUAAUUGAAGUGCUGCGUAAUUGCAGUUUACUUCUUCAGAACUUGCAUGAAUCAUUAUGAAAUUUUUCGAAAAUUUAUUCAUCUAUUGAGACUGUGAUCGCUACGUGAAUAAAAACAAACAGAUAUGGCUGACACAGAUCCACAACUUAAAAGACUUUUAUUACCUGCUGAGGAAUCAUUAUUUGAACAAUUAUUAAGGAUUGGCCUUUAUAUUGGAGCAGUCUUCCAAGUUGUUUGUUUAUUGGCAAUUGUGGUCUAUCAAGCAGGUCCCUCUGAUGGGGUUGCAGCUUUGAAGGAUGAUCCCAGUGACGUUGAAUGUUCAGAGAAUAGUCCACAAGUAACUCCAAGAAGGCCACACAGACCUAGAAAACAAGAAAAGAAAAAGAGACGUUAAUGACGUCUUUUUUUAUAUCAACAACAUUCCAUUUCAUAUACUCAUCAUCCUCAAGUUACUCAUAAUUUAUUAUUUAUUAUACAAAUUUGUAUUGAUAUUAUGUUAAUAAAUCGCUUUUACUAGAGUCAAA